UAUGUAUAUACUUAUCGCGGGAGCAUGGUUUUAUUAUGAUUUUUGAGCGCCAGGUGGCCGCGUUUUUGUUGUCGAUUUGUCGGCGGCGCGGCACGGCUGCUCUAGCGCCAUUACAUCGAUAAAUGUCACCGUAGCUGUCCGCGUAAACGCCGCCGUCGAGCGUCAAAGCACCGAUCAGCGAAGAGAUCAGUGCCGAGAGACUUGUGUCACUUUCUCUCCGGGCGAGAGAGACAGAAAGGAAGAGACGAAGGGGAUCUCAUCAUCGCACGUUGACGUUUCGGCAGGACGCUGCGCGCAGACAAGAACAACGAUGUCAACCAAGCGGAAAAGCACGGGCGGCAAGAAGAGCCGUGCCAAGUCGCGCAAGGUCGAGUACGACGAAGAGGACAUUUCCAGCGAGCACGACUCGGAGGUCGACGACGCCGCCGAGGCCGGCUCUAACGCCGGCGAGGACGCCGCCGAGGAUAUGCUCGCGGAUGUCGCGAAUAUGCCUGAACUGCCGGCACCGGAGGGUGGCUGGGGCAAGCCUGGAACAUUGCUCAUGUGUGGCCUUACUAAUUGGGAAAUGGCUGGUCGUAAAGCACCACCUAAGGGGGUAAAGGCAAAUGUAGGACGUAGCCUAUGGACGCCGCACACCUUUAAAAAUUUGAAUAAUGCAAGAGUACGUUUGAUUGCAUCUGGACCUGCUGCCUCCCACAAUAUUAUUGUUACAGAGGAUGAUAGAUGCCUCGUUUUUGGUAAAAAUGAUAAAGGUCAAUUGGGUAUUGGAGACACAAAGCGUCGUGAUGAACCCACUGAAGUCGAAGCCUUAAAAGGACACACGGUCAUAGGAGCAUCGUGUGGGCGCAACCAUACUCUAUUUUUAACAAGCCGAGGUAUAGUUUUUGCUGCUGGCGACAACAAACUGGGUCAAUGCGGAGUCGGAAAAUCAGAUGCCUGUAUCGUCACCGCCACUAAAGUGAAAUACUCAGGACCGCCGAUAGUUAAAAUAGGAUGCGGUGCUGAAUUCUCCAUGAUCUUAGACAUCAAGGGUGGUCUGCACUCGUUCGGAUGUCCGGAAUAUGGUGCUUUAGGUCAUAACACCGAUGGCAAAUAUUUCAUUACGAAUACAAAAAUGGCAUUUCACUACGAGAAAGUGCCUAAAAGAAUCGUUCUAUACGUUGAGAGGACUAAGGACGGCCAUGUGACACCGUUGGAUCGCGUCGAGAUAACAGACUUUAGCUGCGGUCAUUACCACACGGUUGCGAUCGACAGCAAAAGCCGCGCGUUCUCCUGGGGAUUUGGCGGAGUCGGCCGUCUCGGGCACAACGAGCAGCGCGACGAGUUGGUGCCGCGUCUGAUCAAGUUCUUGGAGCCACCCAACCGUGGCGUUAGAACGGUACAUUGCGGCAGCACAUACAGCAUCGCGAUUAACGUGCAUGGCUUUGCUUUGAUGUUUGGCCAGUCAAAACGCACGGGCGAGGCCAACAUGUAUCCCAAGCCUAUUCAGGAUCUAUCCGGCUGGGAAAUUCGUUGCGUCGGUUGCUCACAGACAAGCGUAGUGGUCGCGGCUGAUGAUUCAGUUAUCGCCUGGGGUGCCAGUCCUACGUUUGGAGAAUUGGGUUUUGGUGAAAUGCGAAAGUCCUCGACAACCCCAAUGGAGGUGAAAGCCUUAGAAGGUUUAUAUGUUACUGCUGUCACAUGUGGUAUGUCUCAUACGCUUAUGAUCUGCCGAGAUGACACAGAGGAGGAAAAAGCGAAGAUUAAUAAGCUACAGGUGUACUCUGUUUAAAGUACGACAAGAGAUAUUUUUCGGUUGCAUAAAACGAGUUUCCAUUACGUCACUAUGCAGAUGAUUGAGUCGAAAAGAAAGAACGUCGUCGUUCCUUCGGCGAGCCACAGCUACGUUUUUUGAUAAAUUGAGACGAACGAAUCCGAGAACAGUAGCGAGAUAACAGUAGAUCGUCACGAAACGUCCAAGAGAGACAUAGGCUAUUACUAUACUUUGUACUUCCAAUUUUUACUUAACGCGUGAAUGAAAGUCGAUCUGUGUAACAUUUGAAAAUCUAUUCUGUUCAGCAGCUCAGGAUAUAGACCAAACGAGAUAGAUGCAAAAAUAUAUUUUGAUACGUUGCUAUUUUAUUGAAGUUCGCUGUAACUUUCAUCAGAGAAUGGAAAUAGCUAUUCGUACAGAGAAGCUGGAGGAGCCGCAAAGAGAACGUGGUUAGAAUUUAGCAAGAACUACCCUUAUUUUUAUUACUUUUUAAUCAAUUUAUAUAUUCGAAUAGUUUAUCCAUUGAUUCAUCACAGUAGUACCUGAAUCAUUACAUCUGCAGAAAUCGUUUUGACAAUGUGUAUAUAUGGGGAUGCUCCCUAUAUAUAAAUAAUACGAGUGAGUCAUUCAAGUAGAUUAUAUUUUUAACAGUUAUAUAUUGAAUUAAAUUUUGACGUAUUUUCCAGACUCUUGAUAGACGAGACUUGAUAGAAAAAUAAUUUAACUAUUGUCACUAUCGAUUGAUUGUGAAACGUUACGAUUGAUGUCUCUUUUUUAUAUAAAAUGAUACGCAUAAUAAAAUGAUAAAAUGAUAGCAUUUAAUUUUAUUUUUAUUAUAGUAAAACUUAAUUUCUAAAGUUACAAAUAACGAAGGCAAAUCAGAAGCAACACCGGUCGCAUAGCGAACUAAGUGACUACGUGUUUAAUGGAACGAAUAAUUAAAAUAGAUUUAAAAUUCACAAACGUUUUUCGGUUCAUCGUUCGGGCUUUCUUCAGUGACGCAAAAUUUAAGAAUGCAAAACAUUUGUGAACUUUAAAUAUAUUUUAACUAUUCAUUCAAUUGAAUACGUGCUUGGUUCUGCUUGGUUCGCUGUUCCACUGGUGUUGACUUCAAUCUACCUCCGUUUAUUUGUAACAUUAUAAAUCUUGUGAGCUCAUAUUAACUUCAACUUUUAAAGUUUUAUAUAUGCGUAUAAAAAAUUAAGUUUUACGUAAAUAUAAUGUAUUUUGUUACGAAGUGAUACACGCUGUGGAAGUUCCGAAUUUAAAUCUCGAUUCAAAUUUAGGCGUCCCGCCUGAGUAUGUGCAUUUUGUUUUUUAAGGUAUUUUUUUUUUCGUAAUAAUUUAUAUAGUACAUAUUUUCUCGUAUACUAUUAUCGUAUAGAAACGCGAUGAGAAUGUUUGGUCGAGUACAACAUGGUAAAACAAAUUAUAAAAUACAUUUAAAUAUCUCUUGAACUAAAGUUACAACUCCGAUCACUGCCAGGAUGUAUUAUGAACAUCUUUUUAUUGUGAUGUCAAACAUUCAUUCCAUUCCGUUCCAUAUAAUACUCUCGUGCGACUUCUGCACUGAAAUAUUAUUCUGAUGAAAACAAAAAACUUGCGAUAAAUGUACAAGUCUAAAUAUGAAAUAAACGAAUUUUUUAUGAA